GAUCAAACAUGGUACGCCUACUGCUCCAUGGGACACUUCAUGUCACCGUUUAUGAAAUCUAUAGGAUCUAUGGAUAUGGUUGCUGCAAUGUUUUCUGCAAGCUACUGCAAAACAUUGAAGAAAAUUCAGGAAUUGGGAGAGGAAUUUCCAAAUUGUAUGUCACCAUUGAUUUAGAAGAAACCAGAGUUGGAAGAACCAGGCUGUUAGAAAAUGAAUGUUCUAAUCCACAAUGACUUGAGUCAUUUCACAUAUAUCGUGCUCAUUCGGUUUCGAAUGUUGUUUUUUCUAUCAAACAAGAUGUGCCCAUAGGGGAAUUCCUUAUUGGAAGAGCU